CGUCCCGCCCCUGCGUGCGUCAUUAAUAAUAUUUCUUAAUGGGUUUGUUUUCCUUCCAGACAUGCCAGCUACCCCUACAGGUGACUGGGUCGGUCCAGACCAAGAACGCCACCGAGCUGUGGGUUGUGGCUGACGGUGGCGCCAGCAUGUACACGGUGGCGUUCUCCGGCGACCUAGACGUGCGCUCGGUUACUUUCUGGGGUUCGACGGCCAACAUUACUGGUGGGGUGUUCACAACGCUGUCUGGUGUAGCCGUCGUCAGAUUCAGCGACACUCAGACCGUUAAACUCAUGCUAUCAGACUCCAAGCUGUUUUGCACAGUUAGUACUUCUGCGAUCACCGCACCCUCGGCGUCCUGCGAGGGGGAGUGGCCGAAGUCUGUGAAGGAUCUGUUCGGAGAACAGGUCGGCGCUAUUAUCUCCACCAAGCAGCGGAACGGAAUCUGGGCUUUCGGCGGGUCCAAGAUCUUCAAGGUCAUUCGGUCGCCUGAUGGUCAAUGGGAGCUAACCGAAACGCACGAUGGCGCAACUGGCACCUUGCCGAGUAUUUGGGAAAACAUACCCUUGAAUUUGAUUGGUGCAAGCUGGAUUGAUGACAGCUUAACAAAAGCGUUCUUGCUUACCAAGACCUAUUAUGUCAUAUAUGACAUCAAGUUUAACUCCAUCGUAAAACGAGGCUAUCUUUGUCUGUGAUAUUGACCUAUAAUAUUGUUCACUAAUGCUAGGCUCAGACUAUCAACUGUUACGACGAAGUUGGCCAACUCGACGGUUGCGUUGUAAUUUCUGUCAACUCCCGAUUUACGACGGGUUCGUUCAGAUUAACAACUAAUGGGUCGUAGGAGUUGUAUACGACGAGAAUCGAGUCGUAAGAGCGCCCAGACUAGCAACUGGUCAGUCGUAAGAUCAGAACGUUAGCCAACUUUGUCGUGGCAGUUGGUAGUCUGAUACUAGCAUUAGAGAAUAACUAACGAGCUACGAGGGAUUACGAAUUGUGUGUCCCGAGAGAAUGAAUGUUGUAAACCAAUAAAAGGUCGGCCCAUAUGGGUAAUAUA